AUGGUGAGAAGCUGUGGUAUGCUGUUCGUGGCUGUUGUCUUUCUGCCUCCACGGCAAAUUAUCGCUUUCGAGUGUCGGAAGCCGAGGUCUCUGCUCAUGCGACUGUUUCUCGAGUUGUUCGUACGAAGGAUUCUCCCGGUAAGGAAGCUACUGACGCAUCCGAAUUUGCGGAUUUCGAUCAUGCGAGUCCUUCGGAGAUGCAAAAGGCCUGUCUCCGGAUCAGAUCGCUGUCAGCUCGAUAUUGGAGUUCAGGAAGUCUCCCGCAAUAAAGACCGCAACCUCAGAAUAGGAUGUCAAGCAGUCGAGACCACCGCCCGUUGUCUCGAGAUCGACGCUUCCAAUGCGAUAUCGGAGACUGCGAAGCCAGCAGCUGCAGCUCCUGCCAAGAAGCGAGAGAAGCAGGAUUCCGAUGUCAUUCCCUACUCGCGGUCACCGAAGAGAGUGAAGCAUGAUGCCUUGUCUGGUUUGCCAUCAACCAUGGCGUUCGAUGCAACGACGGAAGCGGUUCUCAGCGAAUGCAAGGAUUCGUUCGAAGACACCGAUGUCACAGAAAUUGAUGACAGAGACGACGAGCGUGCGUUCGGAGAUCCUGAGGACUACUUCGCCGAGCUGUGA